CACCAGUGCGGCAGUCCGGCAGUGCUUAAAUAGUAGUCAACCUGUUUGGUGUGUGCGCGUGCAUCAAUAAUAAUAAUAUUAUAAAACUUAUGUUUACGUAUACAUUGAACAAUCGUUACAAUCUGUCAAACAAAAUAAAAUACAUAAACACAUUUUAUAACUUUUGUGUACAUAUUUAAUUGUUUAUAGUAUAUAAUAUUAUGCAUGUACCUAUAUUUAUGUAAAUUUACGCGGAUGUGAAAACCCUGACAAAAUGACCGAAUGGCCGUGGCUGAUGAUUAUACUGGCUCUCAUUAGCACGAUUCAAUUGUCCAAUUCAACAGCACAACACACUUAUGACUAUAAUUCAUACUGGGAAGGAUAUUUAUCGUCUCCUGCAAGGAAUAGGCCGAAAAGAACAAGUUUGUUUAAUCGAGAUACUACAACCACAACAUCAAAUUAUAAGGAAGAUCAAAAAAAUGAACCUGUUAUUAAUAAUAAAACUAUAAAUUCAAGAGAUAUGCCAACAGCAAACUUGACAAAAUCGUUAUUUAAAAAUGAAAACACAACCAAUAAUACUAAUAAACAACUCAACAGCAGUUUAAAAUUACCACAAACUAAAUCUUCAUCAAUUGUUUUUCCAAAUUCAAUGAAUGAAAAAAUUCAAACAGUUCCAAUCAACAAAUUUAUACCAGAACCACAUGUAAUCGAAAAAUGCUCAUUAAACGAAAGCUUUUGCAUCAAAGUUGAUAAUUAUCCAAGGCAAGAUUUAUUCAAUCUUUUUAGAACCAGCAAAUAUAUGUCAACUUCUUAUUUUGGAACAGAUACUGUAAAUGAAAUAAAUGAUUUGGAGACCAGAUUAUCUAAUAAUAAUCUUCAACCAUUCUGUGAAUCAAAAGAAGAUGUAAUAUUUCCAGAAGCCGGUAUUACAAAAAACAAUGAAUGGCGUUAUAUUAUACAAGAUCCAAAUAAUGAUAAUACUAGUUUUAAACAAGGGAUUCGAGUGGAGAAAUGUAUAAAUGCUGGCACGACAUGUAAAUUUAAUGAUCUUUUACCAAAUGGUUACACAACAACUUGUGUACAAAAAUAUAUUUACAAAAAAUUGGUCGCCAUCAAAGAUUCUAAAGAAAUAUAUUAUGAAAGUUUUAAACUACCAUCCUGCUGUGAAUGUAUGUAUAGUAUAAAUCCAGAUCUAUUAACAAGAAAGGGUGGACUUGGUGAAGAGAUAGAAGGCCGAAGGUUUUAUCAAAAUCAAUCGGAAAUUUCAAAAAGAAACAAAGAUGUGUUCAACAAGAACAAUUAAAAAGAUUAAGAUAGGUAGGUACACAUAAGAUAAAGUACUAUCAAUCUAUAUAUUUCAAUUUGGUAACAAUGUGUAAAUAUGUGUACUCUUUAUUAAAUAUUUGAUUGAUAUAACUAACAUGUAAAAUAUUUAGAGUUAAACGUUUGAGAAAAUGGUCUAAAAUAAAGUUAAGGUAACAAUGUUUAAUGUUAUACAAAUUAAAAAGUAUUGUUUUUUUUUUUAAGAAGAUGCAAAUUAAUACAAAUGUAAAACUAUUAAAAAAUAAAAAAUAACUUAAAAAUUAA